CGUUUGUCUUCAGCGAGUGAACAGGAGCCCGUGUCACUGCUGCUUAUUUAUUGUUUAUUCCAGAGAAGCUGCUGCUGUAUUUUUUUUUUAUCUCCUCUUGUUCCUGUUGUGGAAUGAAAAAGGAGAAGCAGGUUUUGUGUCGUUUCAGCGUCAGCGUCAUGAAGAAGCGGAGUAAAGCAUCCAAAGUGGCACUAGGGUAGAAGCCUCCUGCUCUCCGUCUCCCUCCCUCUUCACACUCCAGAACUGUUUGGCCCGAGCAGCGAUGGCCAAGUGGCUGAAGGACUACCUGAGCUUUGGCAGCAGGAAGGUGCCCCCCCAGCCGCCCACACCAGACUACUCCGAGAGCGAGAUCCUCAAAGCGUACCGGCUCCAGAGGGACCUGGACUUCGAAGAUCCCUAUGAGGACUCGGAGAGCCGGCCCAGGGCCGAGUCUGGGCCGUCUGACCCUGCCACGCCGGUGUACGGGUCCCCCAUGAAGUCGUCCAGCGUGGACCCCAAGUCCCCCAAGCACAGACUGAUCAAAGUGGACUCCCAGGAGCUUGGGCGCACCAAGAUCCUCCUCAGUGCCGUCUCCAUAGAGGAGCAGCAGGAGCCUGUGGUGCCCUCUGCUCCGCUGGCUGGGGACACGGACUAUUCUGAUCCUUUCGACGCUCGGUUGGAUCACCGGCUGGAGACGGACCUCGGACCCGUUCCCUGCGAGAACAACGGCUACAUGGAGCCGUACGAGGCCCAGAGGGUCAUCACAGAGCUGCAGCGCGGCCCGGGAGGAGGACGGAUGCGUGGCGGGGGGGUGCAGCUCUACGACACUCCCUACGACGACGAGCGAGGACAGCGCCUGGGCCUGGUGUACGGAGACACUCAGGAGGAGGGCAAGGAGAGCAGCCGGCUGCCGCAGGACGACGAGAGGCCGGCCGACGAGUACGACCAACCCUGGGAGUGGAAGAAGGACAACAUCUCCAAAGCCUUCGCAGUGCAGUUUGACGGCGCAGAGUGGGACCGCUCCUCGUCGCCCACAGAGCGCCUGCGUCCUCCGGGGCCGUGGUCCAGCCCGCUGGCCGGAGGGGGGAUGAGGUUUCGUAUGCCGCAGGAAGGCUUGACAAUGGUCGGGGAGAGAGUGGACGCCACUGUUCCUCUGGAAAAGCAGGUAUGGUACCACGGAUCACUGUCUCGUUCUGAGGCAGAGUCGCUGCUAAUGCUGUGUAAGGAGUGUAGCUACCUGGUGAGGAACAGUCAGGCCACCCGCUCCGACUUCUCCCUGUCCCUACGGAGCUGCCAGGGUUUCAUGCACAUGAAGUUCACGCGGUGUAAAGACGGCAAGUACGUGCUGGGUCAGAACAGCCCUCCGUUUGACACCAUCCCAGAGGUGAUCCACUUCUACACCACGCACAAACUCCCCAUCCGGGGGGCGGAGCACUUGUCCCUGCUGUUCCCCGUGCUGGUGCAGACACUCUGACCGACGCGUCCCGCUCCCUCUGGACCUCCAGGAUUUCAUUGAGCUCAGACAAUUAAAAACUUGAAUGUUUGACGGGGUCUUCCCAGCGGAGUGCCAUCAACUGUAGUCCUGUAUUGGACCGGACGACUUUUGAUGAAUCGACACACCACGGAGCCAAUGCCUUCACCCACCACUGCUGUUGUACCUGUGCCAAGUGUGUCUAAACAUCCGGGAGGAUUGAUUCACAUAAAAUGCAAUACCUGAACUUUAAGCCACCUUUGUUGUAACUUCUCUCCCUCAUAUCCUUUUUGCUAAAUCAAGGGGUUUACAAUGUCAGGACAUCUGGAAUUGUCUCUUUCUUUAUUACAUGUCUCUCACCACUGUCUGAAAGGGGAGAAAGUCGGCAUAUUCUAAACCUCCCCAGUUCACAGAAGAGCUACAGAAGAUUGAGAUAAACGACUGCUGCUCCACAGAAACUCACCUCAUCCACACUGGUAAAAAUAUUGCUGUUGUCAGGUGAAAACCUAGCAAGUUCUAUUUUGCUUAUUUUUCAUAUUUGAACCAGAAUCAAUAAAUUGAAAUGUACUGAAUAUGGUGGGAAACUUUGUCAUCUGGGCUCAGAAACCCUGGUUGUAAAUUUAAGAAAAUAUUGAUAAAAGAAAAGUGCUAUUUUUGAAGAAAAAAGGUUUUUACCAACAACAGUGAUGUUUUAAAUGCUUUUCUACACAAAGCCACACAGUUGAUUUCCAUUCAGUCUGUUUUGUGCCGUCACGCUGCUGCUGUAUGUUGAUGAUUUGCUUGACACGUCUCCAUGUUACUUGUUGAUUGUUCACUGUAAGCAACAGAGAGGCUGUGUUGUAUUGGUACUCGUGCUGACCUUGCUGACCUGUAUCUCUUGUUGGUUGCCUACGUUGCAUUUGGUAGACAAUGCUGAGUUUGUAAAAAAAAAGAAAGGAAAAAA